AUGGCGCACGAGCGGCGGACGAUGAGGUCACCACUGGCGUUGGCCGCGGCCGCGUCGGCUCUGGGCUUUGCACCUGCCUUCUGCCAAAGUUGCAGAGGCAUUUUCCGGCCGGGGCCCAGGCCAGGCAGCCCUCUCGCCCGCUACGCGGCGCCGCCACUGUUGGACCUCUACACCUCGAAAGGUGUCGUCUCAGCACCCAUGCCCCAGCUGCCGGCGGGCAAGCAGUCGGUCUUCGAGGGGCUGCCCCUCCUGCAGACCGAUGCUGUUGGAGAUCCGGGUUUGGGCGCGCUCCUGACCCAAUUUGCCGGUCGAUUGGUAUCUGAGUUUCAGCUUUUGGACCUGAUGUCAGCGCUACUGAUCCUCAUGGGCCUCAGCCUGGGCGUGCUGGACACCCAGCGGCGGUGGAUCUCGUAUGCCAGCGAUGCCAUCACCUGGUCUCUGUACGAGGCUAUGGGUGGCCCAGAUCGAGUCAUUCCCGGGCGGCUGGUGCCUGGCACCCCUGCCGAGGUGGAGCGGGCCACCCUGUCGUGGCCGAACAUGCGCGAGCUCUUGGCGUUUCUGCAGCAGGCCCGAGUCCCAGACCGCCUCCGCGCGGCGGCGGCUGCGGAUGCUGCCACUGCGCAGCGCGAGCUUCGGCUUUUGGCUGAAGCCGUUCUUCUGGCCUGCUCGGACGCACUGCUGUUAGAUCCCGAAACGCCGUUGCCUGCUAUCGACGGGGAGUGGGAGUGCGCCUGCGACUACUUCCGGAACGGCAAUGUGAUCUUUGUUCCGAUGCGGCUACGUGGCGAAUCAGGAUCCUACACUGCCGACGGCGGUCGGCACGACAUCCUGAACAUCCAGCGACGCCGCGAAGGUUCCCUGGUGGUGGCCGACUUCCGCUGGGAGAACUCUGCCGGAGCUUCCGGCAGCGGCAAGUGGCUGGUGAGUCGGGAGGGCAACUUCAUCGCCGGGAACUGGCGCCAGGAUGGCGUAGAGGAAGGUCCUUGGAGCUGGUACGGCCGGAAGAAGCCCUCGCUCCGCACGCCGCCGCCGCCCGAGGUGGCACGGGCGCGGGCGCGCGAGGGUGCAGACCAGGACACGCGGGUCACCGACUUGGGUCCUGUUGCCAUCAAGGCCGGCGCUGCGGCCGUCCAGGCGGCAGGCUCUGACGCCGGGGCGCGCGAGGCUGUAGCACAAGCCUGGGACAACUCCGCUCCGGUGCAGCCGUCUGGAACCGGCGGCGACCUUGCCCCCUCGGCAGUGCUCCGGCGACGGUGGCUGGCCGCAGGGGAGGACUUGCGAGCCGUGCUUGGACUGACCCUGGGCGGCCUCGUGCCCGAAAACGUCCAGCGGCUGGGAUUUGCCCUGGCGCUGGCCUUAUGGUCUAUUUCGGCACUCUUCUUCGCGAGAGCUCUGGCGCUGUCCCUGGGCAGCUCGGCAGAUGCGGCCACGUGGUCCUUCUUCUUUGCCAGCUACGCUGUGAUUCUCGACAUCGCGCUGCCGACCCGCGCAGGGCUUGCGCCGCCCGCGACCGCCAACGCCGUGGCGCUGCGGCAAAAGCGCCUGGAGCAGCUACGGCUCUGGGCCGAGAAUGGCGGCCUUGUGCGACGUGGCGCCACGCCACGCGAUGAGCUGCUGAAGGCGGUCAGGCGCGUGUUGGAGCCUGGGGGCAGCGGCGAAGCAAUGCGCGACAGUGAGGUGGAGGAGCUGCUGAAGGUCUGGAACCCGGCAAUGAAGCGGCAGGUGCUGCGGACCUCGAGGCUCUCUAAGGGGGCGAUGAUUACGUAUGAGAACGUUUCCAUCGUGCCCGGCAAAGAGCCGCGCAGCAUCUGGUAG